AUGGAGUUGAUACCUGAGCAAAACCUGUCCAGACUGCCAGAAAACAGUGCCUUGAAACAGCAAAUGCUGCCCGCACACAAGCUGAAGUUCUCCAUCACGACAGUCCUCUCUAUCUAUAUUGCCACAGGAGUCUUCUGCAUUGCUGUGGGUACCAUCCUUCUAUUUUCUGCAAAGAACAUCAGGGAAAUCGAGAUUAAUUAUACAAAUAUAUGUGCGAAUUGUGCUGAGAUGAGGGAAAAUGCUUUGAAUUUUGACAAGGAAUGUACUUGCUCCAUUCCCUUUCACCUUCAAGAGAAGAUGAAGGGUGAUGUUUAUAUGUACUACAAAUUGUAUGGUUUCUAUCAGAAUGUCCAGCAAUAUAGCCUUUCCAGAAGCAACAGGCAACUGUUGAGUAAAGAUAUAUGGGAUGUUCAGGACUGCGCUCCAUUCAAAGUGUCUCACAAUGACACCCCCAUCGUUCCUUGCGGCGCUAUUGCCAACAGCAUGUUCAAUGAUACUAUAAUUCUUUCAUACAUCCUUAAUUCAUCUAUACAUAUCAGAGUCCCAAUGCUAAAGAAUGGACUUGCAUGGUGGACAGAUAAGUAUGUCAAAUUUCGUAAUCCAAAUGCCAUUAAUCUGUCUAAUGAAUUUGCAGGAAGUGCAAAACCCCCAUUCUGGCGCAAGCCUGUCUAUGAGCUGGAUAGCGAUGACCCAGGAAACAAUGGCUUCCUCAACGAGGACUUCAUUGUAUGGAUGCGAACAGCUGCCUUUCCCACUUUCAAAAAACUGUACCGUCGACUCUAUCGGGUGCAAUAUUUUAUAGAAGGGUUGCCUGUUGGUAACUAUAGUUUCAACAUAUCCUAUAAUUUUCCGGUAACCAGGUUUCAAGGAGAAAAAUCAGUUGUUCUUUCCACCCUGAUAUGGAGUGGAGGGAGUAGCCUUUUCUUGGGGCUUACCUACAUGAUGACGGGGUUACUGACAUUGUUGGCCUCUGCUGUCAUUUGGAUAAUUUAUUUGAUGAAGAAAAAAAACACGAGUAUGUCCCUCCAGGAGUCGAUGCAAGAUUUGCCAUGCAGAAAAGCAGAAGUAGACAAUGCGGUAUCAGAACCAAAAGUUUCUGCAGUGUCUCAAUAG